AUGCGGUCUGGCAGCGACACGGAUAGUGGCACUCUGCCACCUCCAUCGACCAACGAGAAGAAGGUUCUCCCGCCGAGCUCUGGGUCUUAUUCAGCUGGCACAACCACCGAGAAAGAAUGGACGAAGCAUGAAGAUGCGGCGGAUCAGGAAACGCGAAUGAACGACGAGGUUCUGCAACUCGCUCGCAGAUACACGACGCAGUCCAACGCCGCCCCCGGUUCUCUCUUCCCAGUCCCCGCCGAAGGCCCCUUGAACCCCAGCAGUCCAGACUUCAACGCAAGAAAGUGGGCCAAGGCCUUCUACAACAUCCGCACCGAUACUUCGGAAGGAAAUCCUCCAAAGACAACAGGCAUUGCCUUCAAGAAUCUCAAUGUCUUUGGCUAUGGCACAUCCACCGACUACCAGAAGAGCGUCGGCAACGUCUUCCUUGAGGCGGCGAGCUUGGUCAAGAAACUCACUGGAGCCAAAGAGCAACGGAUCGAUAUCCUCCACGACCUCGAGGGUGUCGUUCACAGCGGCGAGAUGCUUGCUGUCCUCGGUCCUCCCGGUUCCGGCUGCUCGACCCUGCUGAAGACGAUCGCCGGUGACACGCACGGAUUCUACAUUAGUGACGACGCGACUAUCAACUACCAAGGCAUCCAGCCCAAGGACAUGCGCACCGCCUUCAGGGGUGAGGCCAUUUACACCGCCGAGGUUGACGAGCAUUUCGCCCACCUGACGGUCGGAGACACCUUGUACUUCGCAGCUCGCGCCAGAUGCCCCAAGAACAUCCCCGAGGGCAUUACCAGACGCGAAUAUGCCGAGCAUCUUCGUGAUGUUACGAUGGCCAUGUUUGGUAUCUCGCAUACGAAGAACACCCGUGUUGGUGACGACUUCGUUCGUGGCGUGUCGGGUGGUGAGCGUAAGCGUGUCACCAUCGCUGAGGCUGCUUUGAGUUAUUCGCCGCUGCAGUGCUGGGAUAACAGUACGAGAGGUCUCGACAGUGCCAACGCCCUCGAAUUCUGCCGCACUUUGAGAACGCAAGCGGAUACUAUGGGCUGCACGUCGUGCGUUGCCAUCUACCAGGCUUCCCAGGAUGCCUACGAUGUCUUUGACAAAGUCGUUGUCCUGUACGAAGGCCGUCAAAUCUACUUCGGCAAAACCACCGAAGCCCAAGCCUACUUCGAAGGCCUUGGCUUCAUCUGCCCAGAGCAACAAACAACAGCCGACUUCCUCACCUCCAUGACCAGCCACCAGGAGCGCGUCAUCCGCCCUGGCUGGGAGGGCAAGACGCCACGCAGCCCCGACGACUUUGCCCGCGCCUGGAAGGCCAGCCAGCAGCGCUUACGCCUCCUCGAGGACGUCGAAGACUACCUCCAGCGCCACCCCUUUGGCGGGGAGCACUACCAAAAGUUCCUCGCGUCCCGCCGCAUCGACCAGUCCAAGUCCCAGCGCCAGAACUCCCCGUUUACGCUCUCGUACAUGGAGCAGAUGCGCCUCACGCUCUGGCGGAGCUGGGUGAUGCUCAAGGGCGACCCCAGCAUCACACUCACGAUGCUAAUCACCAACAUCUUUGAGGCCUUGAUCAUUAGCAGUCUGUUCUACAACCUGCCUACGAAUACGUCUAGCUUCUUUCGCCGAGGUAUCCUGCUCUUCUUCACGGUCAUCAUCAAUGCCUUUGGCAGUAUCCUGGAAAUCAUGACGUUGUACGCCAAGCGCAAGAUUGUCGAGAAACACGCCCGGUAUGCCCUAUACCACCCCAGUGCUGAGGCACUCUCAGCCAUGGUUGUCGACUUGCCCUAUAAAAUUGUCAAUGCCGUCCUGAUGAAUACCAUCUUGUACUUCAUGGGCAAUCUCCGCCGCGAGCCGGGCGCCUUCUUUUUCUUCCUUCUCAUCUCCUUCUCGAUGACAUUGACCAUGUCGAUGAUGUUCCGUCUCAUCGGCUCGGUCACAAAGUCAGUUGCUCAGGCUCUAGCACCGGCAUCAAUCAUCCUGCUCCUCAUCGCUCUCUACACUGGUUUCGCUAUCCCGCCUCAGUACAUGCAAGAUUGGCUGGGUUGGGUCAGAUGGCUGAACCCUGUCUACUACGGUCUCGAAAGCGUUAUGCUGAACGAAUUCAUUGGCCGCGACUUCCGCUGCUCAAACUUCGUUCCCAUGGGCCCCGGCUAUGACUCCGUCGCUGCCAACGAACGCGUCUGUUCCACGGCGGGCUCUGUCCCAGGCCAGGACAUGGUCAGCGGGACAGCCUAUCUCAGCACCUCUUACAGCUUCGAGAACUCCCACCGGUGGAGAAACUUUGGAGUCAUGAUUGCUUACAUGAUCCUCUUCAUGGGUCUGCAUCUUUUCGCUACCGAGUACAUCGCUUCCGAGCGCUCCAAGGGUGAGGUUUUGGUUUUCAGCCGUAAGGCUAUGAGCAAGCGCCGCAAGCAAGGCGCCGUCGAUGUCGAGACCGGUGCCCCCGCCGCUGGUGCACAGCAGAGAAGCGAGGAUGACUCUGAGGGCGUUGCUGGCAUGGAGAAGCAGACCUCAGUCUUCCACUGGAAGGAUGUUUGCUAUGAUAUCAAGAUCAAGGGUGAGCCUCGACGGAUUUUGGACCACGUUGACGGCUGGGGCGUUUCUGGAGCCGGCAAGACGACCUUGCUCGACGUCCUCGCCACUCGCGUAACAAUGGGCGUCAUCUCCGGCGAAAUGCUCGUCAACGGCCAACCCCGCGACGACUCCUUCCAGCGCAAAACGGGCUAUGUCACACAGCAAGAUCUCCACCUCCACACCUCCACCGUCCGCGAGGCCCUCAACUUCAGCGCCCUCCUUCGCCAGCCAGACACCUACUCCCGCAAAGAGAAGCUCGAGUACGUCGACACCGUCAUCAGCCUCCUCGGUAUGGAAGAGUACUCCGACGCCGUCAUCGGCGUACCCGGCGAAGGCCUCAACGUCGAGCAGAGGAAGCGUCUUACCAUUGGCGUCGAGCUCGCCGCCCGCCCGCAACUCCUCCUGUUCCUCGACGAGCCUACUUCCGGACUCGACAGCCAGACCUCGUGGUCGAUUUGCAACCUCAUGGAGAAGCUCACCAAGAGCGGCCAGGCUAUCUUGUGUACCAUCCACCAGCCCUCAGCGAUGCUGUUCCAGCGCUUCGACAGACUACUUCUUCUCGCCCGCGGCGGUCGUACGGUGUACUUUGGAGAGAUUGGCAAGAAUUCGCAGACCCUGGUCGAUUACUUUGUCCGCAACGGUGGGCCGGAAUGUCCGCCUGGCGCAAAUCCCGCAGAGUAUAUGCUUGAGGUCAUCGGAGCCGCGCCCGGUGCCCACACCGACAUUGACUGGCCCGCCGUCUGGCGCCAGACACCCGAGUACCAGGCUGUUCAGGAUGAGUUGACCCGACUGUGCUCUGAUGCCUCUGCGCGACCUGCCCUGACCAAUGGUCAAGGUCAGUCCACGCACAAGGAGUUUGCUGCCGGCUUUGGCACACAGUUUAUUGAGGUCACGAAGCGUGUCUUCCAGCAAUACUGGAGAAGCCCUGCCUACAUCUACUCAAAGGGUGUUUUGUCUUUUGGUGCUGCUCUGUUCAUCGGUCUCUCAUUCCUCAACGCUGAAAACACGCAGCGUGGCUUGCAAAACCAGAUGUUUGGUGUCUUCAUCUUCCUCACGGUAUUCAGCCAGGUCGUCGAGCAGAUCCUUCCCAUCUUUGUGUCGCAGCGAACCAUGUACGAGGCGCGUGAGAGACCCUCAAAGGCGUACUCGUGGAAGGCCUUCAUGUUUGCCAACAUUCUUGUUGAAAUGGCCUGGAACUCGCUUGCCUCCGUCUUCUGCUUCGUGUGCUGGUACUUCCCCAUCGGCCUUUACCGCAACGCCUACGCCACCGACGCCGUCGACUCCCGCGGCAUCACCAUGUUCCUCCAAGUCUGGGUCUUCUUCAUCUUCACCGGCUCUUUCGCCCACAUGAUGAUCGCGGGCCUGCCCAACGCUGAAGUAGCCGGCGGCAUCGUCAAUCUCUUCGCCAUUAUGAUGUUUGCUUUCUGCGGAAUUCUCGCUGGACCAAAUGACCUCCCAGGCUUCUGGAUUUUCAUGUACCGCGUCAACCCGUUCACCUACGUGGUGGAAGGCUUCCUCGGCACCUCGCUCGCCAACGCCGCGGUGCACUGCGCCUCCAAUGAGUUCGUCUCCUUUGCGGCGCCGAGCGGGCAGACGUGUGGGCAGUACAUGGCCGACUACAUCUCCGCUGCCGGCGGCUAUCUCUCGAACCCGGACGCCAGUAACUCGACCGAGUGCCAGUACUGCGCCAUGUCGGACACCAAUACCUUUUUGAAGGGGAUCAAUGUCGACUUUGAUCACCGGUGGAGGAACUUUGGGUUGAUGUGGGCGUACUGCAUCUUCAACAUUGUUGUGGCCUUGGUUGUGUACUGGCUGGUGCGCAUGCCUAAGAACAAGAAGGUCAAGAAGGAGUAG